AUACACAACACAAGAUUUUCCCUUUAAUUUUCUUGCUUCUAAAAACACACUCGUUGAAACAACACUGAAGGAACAUGAAUCCUACCAAUGAAGAACCCACCAUUGACAUUAAUUACUCCGGAAGGCAUGUGUCCUUCGCCGACGACGAAUGCCGUCCGGCCGAAGAAGAGCCGAAAAAUAACAAUAACAUUCCCCUGCUGCUGCAGCCAUCAUAUGAAAGAUCAAAAUCCAUGAUGCAUGACGAGCUUCAAAAUUUUCGAAUUAGCCUAAAGUGGUGUGCACUUGACCACUCUUCAUGCGUUGGGAAACUCAUCUCUUAUGUGGUGUUCGUCUUCCUCGCCGUGGUUGUGCCUCUUCUAACCUCCGUUUUUGUCAGAGUCCCUGCGUCUUCCCCUGAAGAUGAUCCAAUCUCAUUCAACAAGCUUGUUCAGGUGCCGGAAUCCACACUCGCCAUCAUUGCUUUCUUCACUCUCUCUUGUUUCUUCCGAAGGUAUGGGCUAAGGCAGCUUCUGUUCCUGGACAUGUUAAGAGACGACAGCAGCUACGUACGAAGAGGGUAUAGAGUGGAGCUGGACAAGUCCUUCAGAUACUUGGCAUACAUCAUUCUUCCAUCCUUCUUCCUUGAGUUGGCCCACAAGAUCAUCUUCUUCUCCGCCGUUAAGAUCUCUGCUUCACACCUCAAUCCAACGUUCCCCCUCAACUCCAUCGCCUUUGUGUUGGUUCUGGUGUCAUGGCUUUACAGAACACUGGUAUUCUUGGUGCUCUGUGUGCUCUUUAGACUCACCUGCGAGCUCCAGAGGCUGAGGUUUGAAGGGGUUCACAAGCUCUUUGAAGGAUGCGGCUCCGAUGCGAGUCUCAUAUUCGGGGAACAUGUGAGGAUCAGAAAGCAGUUGUGGCUCACAAGCCAUAGAUACAGGUUCUUCAUCAUUGGCUGCUUGGUCACCAUCACUGUUAGCCAGUUGGGUGCUCUCUUGCUCGUUCUUGCUUCUAAAUCUGACAAGACCUUCUUCAAUUCUGGAGAUCUUCUGAUAUGUUCAGCAGUGCAGUUGAGUGGGUUCAUGCUGUGCCUGGUGGGUGCUGCAAGAAUCACACACAGAGCUCAAGGGAUAGUGGCCAUAGCCACGAGAUGGCACUUGUUAGUAACCAAUGCCUCUUGUGAUUCCCAACACUGCAAACCCCAAAUUCCUGAUGGACUAGCCAGUGACAACAGUGAUUCUGAUUCUUCGGACAUAAAGAUAUCAGUAAUCCCACAACAAUUCUCUAUGUUCCAAACCAGGCAAUCUUUAGUGACAUACUUGCAGCAUAACAAAGGGGGAAUAACGCUGUAUGGGUUUACACUUGACAGAGGAUUGCUCCAUACUCUCUUUGCAUUUGAGUUGUCUCUGGUGCUUUGGAUUCUGAGUAGGGUGGUUGUGUUAUCUUAAAUAACCUCUUCAUUUCUAGUUUAAAAGUAGUGAUUUUUAGUGGUUGUGGAAUUUCACUAUAAUCUUCUUGAUUACAGACUGUAAAGUGCUAACCCAACUUACAAGGGGAUUCCCAUAGAAUCAUGAAACACAACAAAGAUGUACAAAGGAACUCUAAGGACGUCUAUGGCUUUUUCUUUUAAUUUUGCACUCUCUGCCUUUUUUCGCUCUAUGACUUUUUCUUACAAACCUCACUGUUUAUCUUUUUCCAAGAGACUCAAGACAUGACAAAUUAAAUAGAAAAAUACAAAACAGAAUACAUUGAAGAAGAAGAAAAUCUGUAAGCUUAGAUAGUUAUGAGAAUUUUGUGCCUUGCACUCUCACUACUUACUUCUAACUCCUUGAAUCAAACUGUGACUGUUCACCUUUUUUAUAGAAGGGGGAAGCCUCCACAGUUGAAACAAAACCAAGCUUAACUUCUUUUCCUUCACACAUAACCGGUUCGGCCAAAGAGAGAGAAGAGGUAACUCAUGCAAAAUCCAACAUGCAAAUACCUCUAGUUCUUCCUUGGUCAUCACUCUUUAUCAAUCCGAGCGCUCCAUCCUUGGCUUGUUUUCCAAGAUGAAAUUCUGUCCCUUGAUGCUUCAUGAUGAUGAUGAUGAUGGCUUCAUCUGCUCCAAUAUCUGCCUCUUCCAUCACGUAGCCACCCUAGCUACCUUCUGUGGUGGUUAAGCAGAAUCAGAGACAAGCCAACUCUCCAAAGAUCUUCUCCUUGCUGGCCAAAAUCUUUUCUUCUAUUUUUUGUAUGGAGGAGCCAAGAUCUCAUCACAAAAUCUUUCCACGAGUGAUAAGAAUUUCAGCCACAGCAUACUUUAUGUUUUCUUUUUCUUGCCAUCAUUGAGAUGGUCUUAUAGCUUGCCUUCCCUUCUUUUUGAUAGCUCAAAGUCUCCAUAGUUUGCUGUGUAAGGACCGAAGAAGAGAAGGAAAGAGAUGAGAGAGAAGAAAGUAUGAAAAGAAAAGCAAUCAAGUACGUUUGAAUAAAUUAAUUAAAGUGAGUUGCUUUUACUUCCCUUAGGUGGAGUAGCGUGUAGCAUUGAUAAUCACCAUCAAAUCAGUUUGACAAUUUCUCUCUCAUAGUUCCCAUGCAAUAAAUGAUAAUUGAAUGAAUUUGAAAUCCAUCUCAUGGUAAGAGUUGAGAUCCGUUGGAAGGCAUAGGCAAAUAUCAACAUUUGCUUUCCUGAUGAAUUAUUUUCGGAUCAUGCAUAGGAGUGUAUGGCAAAAUAUGUUUAACUUAGGCUUGUAACAAAUAAUGGAUCAAUUUGGCCAAAAAACAAGAAUAAUAAUUCAGCCACAAAAAAAAACUUUUUGCAUCAAUGCUGAAUGAAUUCACACUUUGGGCUUGCAUCAUAUCAUUUAAUUUUCGACCUAAUAGUAAACCUACAUAGAGUUGAAAAGGCAUGAAAUGCAUCAUUUUUAUGAGCAAGAAAAAGUACCCAACCAAAUCUAGAGUAAUCAUCUACCACUACCAAACCAUAGUGUUUAUCUCCUAGACUUUGAGUUCUUGUUGGACCAAAAAGAUCAAUGUGUAACAUCUCUAAUGGCCUUUUUGUUGAAAUUCCAUCUUUUGGUUUAAAAGAAGAUUUAACUUGUUUGCCUAGUUGACAAGCAUCACAAGUAAGAUCCUUAUCAAAUUUGAUUUUAGGAAUUCCUCUAACCAGAUUUUUCUUUACUAGCUUAGAAAUUUGGUACAUACUAGCAUGACCCAGCUUUCUAUGCCAUAGCCAUUUUUCAGAUUAAAGAGAAAUAAAAUAUGUUACAUUUUAU